ACUCAAAGUUUCUAUAAAAAACGAGGUAUUGUAGUUAUUGUUUAAACCCACAGUGGAGUCAGCCAUGAGAGACAUUGCUAUGAAACCCUACUGGAGGAGUCUUUACUGUGUGUUGCUGGUGGCGCUGAUCGGUGCUCCAGGUUUGGAGGCCUGGGAGCAGAUUUCCUGGACCGGUGAGUUGACAGCUGGUUUUAGUACCACUUUCACCUGUUCCUCUUCUUGCCACCCAAACUGCAUCUACACCUGGUCUUUUGAGGGCCAUACUGUCAACGGGAGCACAUUAACCUGGACACCAGAUGGACUGGACAAAACAGUGGAAUUAAAGUGCAAUGUGCUCAAUCCAGAAACAGGAGUCGCCAGCAGUAUGACCUCCAUUGUACAAAUUAAGAAUCGAGUGUCUGUGCAACUCAGUCCACCAAACACUGUCCCAUCUCUCAAUCAGACCCUGGAUGUGGUCUGCCAUGGUGCUCCAUCAGGUGACCACUCCGGACCAUCACGCCAGGUGAACCAGGUGGUCUGGUACAAAAAUGGACAAAAAGUGACUCUUCGUGAAAAUAUGCAGCUGCUGCAAAACAACCUCACACUUCACUUUGACUCGACACUGCCUUCUGAUGCUGGAUUCUACCUGUGUAAGACUUAUGAACCUAUGGUUCAAGAGACAAGAGUUUUCAGCCUGGGCUAUCUACUCAGCUUUGAUCCAUGGAACGUCAGCAUCGACGGACCAGACACCGUGUUUCCUGGCAGACUGAGUAAAUUCACCUGCUUGACGAGCUGUACCUUAAAUGUGGACUGUACUGUCAGAUGGCAGUUCAGGCAGGGUUUCCCCAUUGGAAGCUACUUUUCAGUCUAUGAAAAUGAGCUCAAGUGGACACCUUCUAUACCAGGUACUUUCCAAAACCUCACCUGUGUUGCCGAAAAUGCAGCUGUUGGACGCUCUGCUGAGGCCACCAAGAUGGUAGAAGUUAGAGGUAUUCCUCUCUCUGGAUCAGAGGCGGUGCAGCUCAGUGGACUUCUUGCAAUGAUCGUCGGCCUGGGACUGCUGGUGCUAUUUGAGUCAUAGGACUGUUUACUUUUUCUAUUUUUUUUUACCGUUUAUGCUUUAAUGAGUAUAUUUGCCCUUUUUGAAAUGUAAUUCUUUGCUUUUAAUCUUGUUCAUAAAAACCUUUUCAUGUUUGUACAAUUAUUCACCAAUUUUAAUAGACCAAUUUAAUUUAUUAAUUAUUGUGUACCAUAAAAUCCUG